GUGCGCGUUGAAACAAAGCGAGAACUACAAUGCGAUAGAGACACAGGAAGAUACGGGGCGCUAUAUUAUAAUAAUAGCACGUUUUUAAUGUGGAAUGUGUUCAAAUUUAGUCUUUUCCAAAUGUUCCGUCUAGCAACACUAGCAACGGUGACUGGCAGACAUUGUAGCGUAAUACAACCGUGAACUUUUGAACAUUUAUUUAACUCAAAUCACAAGUGUGAUAAAUUGUGUGCUAUUGUUAGCUUUGGUACAAAGCAUUUGGAUUUCAGUCAAAAUGGAAUAAUUUAAAAUGGCUGAGAAGUUUCCAAAUUACGAAGAAUGUUUGCUGACACGGCGCCAAAACUCGCAAACGGGCCAACGUGCCCAAACGAAGAGCCUCAAAGGACCCCUGAGGGUUGUGCGUCUUUGUGUCUUGGGAAUUAUGUUGCCAUGCUUGCUGGUAUCACUAAUUCUGUAUAUGAGAUACAGAGUGUAUGUUGAACAAUUGUAUCCGCUUGCGGUGUCGGAUAUGCGAAUGUUGGAUAAUCGAAUAUCCACGACAUGGUGCCAGCGCCAACUCGUACGAACAAAUGCAACAUUUAAUGCGUUUCUUUUGCCGGAGACGCCGACAAUUUCCUACAAACAUAAGCCAAUGACAAUGGUGCGACAUUUGGAGUUGGAAGAUGAUACUAAAGAAUAUUGGGGUUUUUAUCUGUUGAGAGGAUCCACUGUCACGAUUUCCAGUUGCGUCAGAUGGCCUGGUGCAUCGCUUAUCGUAAUCAGAGGACACAAACACUUACACGAAUGCGCAUAUAUCGGAGACAAUUCAUCGGAGGAGUUGGAUGAAAUGAUGGAAGCAAUUCGUGAAGGAACUUAUAAAACGGAGACCGGUGAUGAAGUAGUUGAUACUGUUGAUAAUAACGCGCCGUCAAACACACCAAACCUCAUGAAAAGACAUCGUGAAGACGUCAAAUUUCAUGAUCCUAUCCAUAAUGCAACAACCAGUAAAACAAAUCACACCUUGGGAGGUGAAGGCUUGGAUACGACUGAUGUGACAGAUCCGAAAGUUUUGAAGAAAAUUUUGGACAGUCUUAAUGAGAAAGCACCGCGCAAGCCUCAUGUACACGUACAUCGAAAUUCAACGAUUGGCAAAGGAGAAACGGGUAAUUUUGACUUUGAAAACAAGAGCCCAAGAUUUAUGCAAUCGACUACAACGGAUUCGGAAGAAAUCAUUUCCGACGUUUUGAGAAAACUUCACAAUUUAGGAGUGGAUAGAGGUGGUAAUCUGUUAGAGAAACUAAACGCACGAUAUGCGUUGAAUAAAUCAACGGGACUAGACCAACAACAACAAGAAAAUGUGAUUCAUAUUAGAGGUCGGCAGUAUCACAAGCCUGCGGUGCAAUUUGACGAUAACAUUGAUAAAGCCCGACGUCGCCGACGUGAAUUAAUCUUGCAAACGGCUGAACUAAGUGAGACCUUUAAUAAAAACGAUGAAACUGAUGAUGUUGGACAAGAGGAAGGUUUUGUUCCCGACGGUAUUGCCGAUCAUCAUGCCACAUUAAACGAAAAUACUCUGAAUGAUAUGAGCAACAGCGAGUUUUGGUCGUCUUUCAGUUCCUCGGAGGAAGCGCUGCUUAACUGCGCCGGAUUAAUUCUUAAUCUGCCUCUGAGUCCUCACACGAAAUGUCAAAGAAGUUUAUCUGAUCAAGAUGUAGAGACUGCAUAUUUAGCUAAUCGCAUAACAUACAAAGUGCCAACAAACGGAUACUAUUUCUUCGUUUUCAAUAGUGAAAAUGAAGUACAAACAAAUUAUAUCCGAGUGCAUUUCCAUAUUGAAAAGACCGUCUAUAAUGUGACGAAUCCAAUUUCAGAGUGUGCCAAUAGUACAGAACAAUGCGCACUCGAUUUGAAGUUCUUUUCAGAUGAGAAAUUGGUGAUGGAACUGCCGAUCAAAGAAGACCAGGAUUUGUUUAAUCAGGAAUACGUUGUUGUUUCGGUCUGUGAGCCACGCACAGCCAUUUACAUUUUUUGCGUGAUUCUUGUGCCGAUAUUAGUCAUCCUAUUCGCAUUUCAGUGAGUGCGAAAUCAACUUUAAGUGAUAUUCAACAAAACAAAUGGUUGUGAUAAUGUGAAUGUUUUAUAUUUGCAAAUUAUUUUUAGAUCUAACCUAUGUUAAUAUUAUUGUGUCAAGAUACAUUUUUAUUUUUAUUUAGUUAUGUUUUCAUUAAAUUGAUAUUUACUAA